AUGAUGAUGGCAAGAAAGCAAGAUGUUCGCAUUCCCACCUAUAACAUUAGCGUGGUGGGAUUGUCCGGGACGGAGAAGGAGAAGGGGCAGUGUGGCAUUGGGAAAUCCUGCCUUUGCAACCGGUUUGUACGGCCCAGCGCGGAUGAGUUUCAUUUGGACCACACUUCGGUUCUCAGCACCAGUGACUUUGGAGGAAGGGUGGUCAAUAAUGACCAUUUCCUCUACUGGGGGGAAGUUGUGCGUUCCCUGGAGGACUGCGUCGAAUGUAAAAUGCAUGUUGUGGAGCAGACGGAGUUUAUCGACGACCAGACCUUUCAGCCUCACCGCAGCACGGCCCUGCAGCCCUAUAUCAAGAGGGCUGCUGCGACCAAACUGGCGUCGGCUGAAAAACUCAUGUACUUUUGCACUGAUCAGCUUGGGCUGGAACAGGACUUUGAACAAAAACAGAUGCCGGAUGGAAAGCUGCUGGUGGAUGGCUUUCUUCUCUGCAUUGAUGUUAGCAGGGGUAUGAACAGGAACUUUGAUGAUCAGCUCAAAUUCGUUUCAAAUCUUUACAAUCAACUAGCGAAAACAAAAAAGCCCAUCGUGGUGGUCCUGACGAAGUGUGACGAAGGCGUGGAGCGGUACAUUAGGGAUGCACAUACUUUUGCCUUAAGCAAAAAGAACCUCCAGGUCGUGGAGACGUCGGCUAGAUCCAAUGUGAACAUUGACUUGGCUUUCAGCACCUUAGUGCAGCUGAUUGAUAAAAGCCGGGGAAAGACUAAAAUCAUCCCCUACUUCGAAGCUUUGAAACAGCAAAGUCAACAGAUAGCUGCUGCUAAAGACAAGUACGAGUGGCUGGUCAGCCGCAUUGUCAAAAACCACAACGAGACGUGGUCGAACGUGAGCCGCAAGAUGCAGUCCUCUCCAGAGUAUCAGGAUUACGUCUACCUGGAAGGAACGCAGAAAGCCAAAAAGCUGUUUCUGCAGCACGUCCACCGCCUCAAGCAGGAGCACAUAGAGCGGCGGCGGAAGAUGUAUCUCGCCAUGCUUCCUCAAGCGUUCGAAGCCCUCAUCCCGGACCUGGACGAAAUAGAUCACUUGAGUUGCGUAAAAGUGGAGAAGCUCUUAGAGACGAAGCCGGACUUUCUGAAAUGGUUUAUUGUCCUGGAAGAGACGCCCUGGGACGCCACGAGCCACAUCGACAACAUGGAGAACGAGCGCAUUCCCUUUGACCUGAUGGAGACCCAGCCCGCCGAGCAGCUCUACGAAGCUCACUUAGAAAAGCUGAGGAACGAGAGGAAAAGGGCAGAAAUGAGAAGAGCUUUCAAAGAGAACCUAGAGACUUCCCCUUUCAUCACGCCUGGGAAGCCCUGGGAGGAAGCGCGCAGUUUCAUUAUGAACGAGGAUUUUUACAUGUGGCUGGAGGAGUCUAUUUAUAUGGAUAUCUACAGCAAGCACCAAAAACAGAUUAUAGAAAAGGCCAAGGAGGAGUUCCAGGAGCUGCUCCUGGAGUACUCGGAGCUGUUUUACGAACUGGAGCUCGACGCUAAACCCAGCAAGGAGAAAAUGGGCGUCAUUCAGGAUGUCUUGGGUGAAGAGCAAAGGUUCAAAGCUCUGCAGAAGCUGCAGGCUGAGCGGGAUGCGCUUAUUUUGAAGCACAUCCACUUCGUGUACCACCCGACGAAGGAAACGUGUCCGAGCUGCCUGGUUUGCGUAGACUCUAAAAUUGAGCACCUGAUCAGCUCCCGUUUCAUCAGGCCCUCCGAACGCAACCAGAAGAACUUGCUUUCGGACUCCAACAUCGACAGGAUCAAUCUGGUGAUCCUCGGCAAGGACGGUUUGGCGCGCGAGCUGGCCAACGAGAUCCGGGCGCUCUGCACCAACGACGACAAGUACGUGAUCGAAGGUAAGAUGUACGAGCUGUCCCUGAGGCCGAUCGAGGGCAACGUCCGGCUCCCCGUUAACUCUUUUCAGACGCCCACCUUCCAACCUCACGGUUGUCUCUGCCUUUACAACUCGAAGGAGUCGCUGUCCUACGUGGUGGAAAGCAUCGAAAAGAGCAGAGAGUCGACCAUCGGCAGGAGGGAUAAUCACUUGGUUCACCUUCCUCUGACGCUCAUCCUCGUUAACAAGAGGGGGGACACCAGUGGCGAGACGCUACAUAGCUUGAUACAGCAAGGCCAGCAGAUCGCGAGCAAGCUGCAGUGCGUCUUUCUGGACCCCGCGUCCGCUGGCAUCGGGUACGGCCGUAACAUCAACGAGAAGCAGAUCAGCCAGGUUUUAAAAGGGCUGUUGGACUCAAAACGCAACUUAAACCUCGUCAGCUCGACCUCCAGCAUCAAAGACCUGGCGGACGUCGACCUUCGGAUCGUCAUGUGCUUGAUGUGUGGAGAUCCCUUCAACGCGGACGACAUCCUUUUACCCAUCCUGCAGUCCCAGACCUACAGACCUUCGCAGUGCGGCAGCAGCAGCUCUGUCCUUCUCGAGUUAUCCAUCGGGCCGCACAAGAGGCGCGUGGAGCUCUCCCUCCUUUCCUACCAUUCCUCCUUUAGCAUUAGGAAAAGCCGGCUCGUCCACGGGUACAUCGUCUUUUACUCGGCGAAACGCAAGGCGUCCCUGGCCAUGCUACGUGCCUUUCUCUGCGAGGUGCAGGAUAUCAUCCCCAUACAGGUCGUGGCGCUCACGGACGGUUCCAUAGACAUCCUCGACAACGACUUGAGCAGAGAGCAGCUCACCGAGGGCGAGGAGAUCGCCCAGGAGAUCGACGGCAAGUUCACCACGAUACCUUGUAGCCAGCCGCAGCAUAAGCUAGAGAUUUUCCACUCGUUUUUUAAAGACGUGGUGGAGAAAAAAAACAUCAUCGAAGCCACCCACAUGUACGACAACGUGGCCGAAGCCUGCAGCACGACGGAGGAGGUGUUCAACUCGCCCCGAGCGGGUUCCCCUCUCUGCAACUCCAACCUGCAGGACUCGGAGGAGGACGUCGAGCCCCCCACCUACAGCCCCUUCAGAGAGGACACGUCCAUGCCCGCCCUGCCCAAAGACCACUCGAAGCUUUCCAUGGAGCUGGAGGGGAACGACGGCUUGUCUUUCAUUUCCGUCAUGAGCACUUUUGAAAGCAAGCUGAACAACAAAGUACCUCCUCCGGUGAAACCAAAGCCCCCCGUGCAUUUUGACAUUACAAAGGGGGACCUGUCGUAUUUGGACCAGGGGCAUCGGGACGGGCAGAGGAAGUCCGUGUCUUCUAGUAGCUGGUUGCCCACCGAAUGCUUCGAUCCUUCCGAUUACGCCGAGCCGAUGGAUGCCGUGGUCAAACCCAGAAACGAAGAGGAGAACAUCUACUCCGUGCCUCACGACAGCACCCAGGGCAAGAUCAUCACCAUCCGAAACAUUAACAAAACCCAAUCGAACGGCAGCGGCAACGGCUCGGACAGCGAGAUGGACACCAGUUCCCUGGAACGGGGUCGCAAGGUGUCGGUCGUUAGCAAGCCCGUGCUGUAUCGGACGCGCUGCAUGAGGCUGGGCAGGUUUGCUAGCUACCGAACCAGCUUCAGCGUUGGGAGCGACGAUGAGCUGGGACCCAUACGAAAGAAAGAGGAAGAUCAGACUUCCCAAGGGUAUAAAGGCGAUAACGCCGUUAUCCCCUACGAAACUGCAGACGGGGAGGAUCCGAGGAGGAGGAACAUCCUGCGCAGCCUGAGAAGGACGACGAAGAAACCAAAGCCCAAACCUCGGCCGUCCAUCACGAAGACGACGUGGGAGAGCAACUAUUUUGGGGUGCCUUUGACCAACGUAGUGACGCCAGAGAAACCCAUCCCCAUUUUUAUCGAGAGAUGCAUCGAGUACAUCGAAGCAACGGGGCUGAGCACCGAAGGCAUCUAUCGCGUGAGCGGAAACAAGUCGGAGAUGGAGAGCCUGCAGCGGCAGUUCGACCAGG